AUGCCUCCCACACGCCGCAAGCCCUCAGGCACCGCCGCGCGCGCCCAACAAACCCUCGCCUUCGGCCCCAACCCGAACAAAGUCACCAAACCCUCCCAGCCCGCCGCCGGCAACAAGAAGAAGAAACCCUCCCCCCCCGCGCCCACGGAUGCGGAAAGACUCCAAAAAGCCGCCGCGGACAUCUCGACGCCGUCCCCCGGCCCGGAAGAGGAGGACUACCCCCCGCGGCCGGAAGCGCAACUGGAAAGCCCUCGGGCCCUCGCGAUCCGGGGCCAAGGCGGCGGCGCCGCCGCGGACGUGGGGGUCGGGAAGAGCGAGGCCGAGGAGAAGGGGGGUCGGGUGUCGGACGCGCAGGUGAGGAGGUACUGGAAGGGCAAGGAAGAGGAGAGGAUCGCGCCGCGGGUGCACCAGGCGGGGCUGAGCGUCAACGAGAAGAUUCUGAGGCACUUUGACCUCUCGAGUCAAUACGGCCCCUGCAUCGGGAUCCCGCGGAUGAGACGGUGGAAGCGGGCGGAGACGCUGGGGCUCGGGCCGCCGGUGGAGGUGUUGGGGGUGCUGGUGAAGGAGGAGAGGAGCGGGAAUGGGAAGGCGGAGCGGGCGUUUAUGGAGGGGCUGUUGACGAGUAGGCUUGCCGUGAACGAGUGA